UAACGUUUGCAAAACGAAUUUCGUCCUUUCAGUGUUGUUUUGUUUGCUGUACAGCAAGGACGACAAUUUCGGAGAUGUGAGCUAAGAGUGGAACAGAAAAUAUAACAUCACAAGUGGUUCUUUUCCACAUGGCCUCUGAAGUUUUCAAGUCAAAUGCAUCCUCAAAUAAAAGCAGCUUAUUUCUUUAGGAGACAAUUAAAAAUACCAUCGAGCCUGUCAGGAUUAUAUUAUUUUUCUUUAAUGUCAUGUAAGUAAUGGAUGCAAAGGAAAGAAGCUUAUCAGGGCUAGAUCCACCUCAGAUUUUCCCUACUGAGAUUACCUUCAAGAUUCUUGGACUGUUAGAUGUGGUAACCCUCUGUCAUUGUAGAAAACUUUCUCGAAAAUGGAAGGAUCAAGUGAAUGAGUACCUUAGAAGCGUACUUCGCCUGGAUUUUGUACCUUAUGAAUCAAUUCUGACCGAACAUGGAUUGAAGCAUUUGCUCAUGUAUACCAGCAAUCUCCGAGUUCUUCAUCUUGAUUCGUGCUGGCCGUGUGUGACAGAAGAGAACUUGUUUUUGAUUGCCAAGAAUUGUAAGAAGCUGUCUGUUCUUACAACAAGCAAGUGUAAAGGAGUCACUGAUGCUGGACUCGAAGCAUUAGCAAGGCACUGUAAGGAAUUAACAGAGCUGGAUCUCAGUAGCUGUUUUACGGUAGAUGAGUGACUUAAUACUAAUUGUGUUAGUAAGCUGUUUGCCAGUUGUCUUCAGCUGUUGAAUUAUAUGUUACAACACAUAACAAUAAUACACUUAACUUUCCUGUCUUAAUACUCAAGAAGCAAUUUUAACAUGUUUCAUCGCAAACAAAGAACUGCAAUAUCAUCAUAGGUCCCCUUCUGCUUGUCAUUCCUAUAAUUAUCAAUAUUGGAAUGUCACCUGGUCACGAAGCCUUUAGUUAACUAUCAUUUGGAUUCAGCAUAAUUUAACCCAUUCACUCCCAGUAGUAAUUCUUCAUUAGUAAUUCUCCUUCCUGUGUUCCUUAAAAUUCCCAUGAUGUUUGGAAAUUUGGUAUUGGAUCAACUAAUUAUCCCUUUCUUCAUUAUCAUCACUUGUCUACUGAUUUUGUGGGGAGAAAUUCUGUCUUGGUCACUCGUGGGAGUUAAAGGAUUAGUUUUAGCAGUAAAAUUAGCAACUGUAAGAAAUUCUAUUAUAGUUAUGGGGAGGCAUCUUCAGGGCAAUGUUUUGUGGCUAAAGGAAAUCUCUAGUUUCUUCAUACUGUAAUUUUUUAGAUCUCAGAUGCUGGUGUCAUCGCUUUGAGUGAAAGAUGUUCUGCUCUUCGAGAACUUCAUGUCAGCAGCUGUUAUGGUGUGACUGAUAAGAGUAUAGGUGUUGUAGCCAAGCAGUCUUGUGGCUUAACAGAGUUAGAUGUAAGUUGGUGCUUCUAUGUCACUGAUCAGAGCAUUAAAGAAUUUCUGUCACCAAGUUGCAAGCUGGAGCUUCUGAGAAUUAAGGGUUGCACUGUAAGUACCCAUUUGUCUUGUAGAAUCAAGUUCAAUAAAUUUAUACUGAUAAAUUUUAGUCUUCACGCCAAAAAUUGUAGGAUUGAGGUAUGCUGCAUAAGCCAUUCAUUUAAACACUUCAUGGUACAGACCUGGUUCUAUAAAUGCAAUAUCUAUGACACUAGAAUCCUGGACAUGAUAACAGGGCUCAGUGGCCUGGCCAUCAAGUUUGAUCAUCAAGAUGGUUUUGGUAAUGCUGAAGAAAUUAGUAUUGUCUGUUGCAAAUAAUAGUGCUUACCAAUAAUAUCCUUUUUCUUAUGUCAAGUAGAAAGGUUAAUGAGGAUAUUAACAGGUGUUGGUCACAUCUGUGGUGUAGAGGUAAACAGUUUGGGGGUGAACAUUUCUAAUCAUCAUCAAACCUUAAAACACUAAGAGGCAUUUACAGGGCAUCAACUGGAUUCCUCCAUUUCAUUCAGUCUAUUGAAAGCUGUGACAUUGCUUGCAGCUGAGGAUUUUAAGUCCUAAAUUCUGCCUCCUCAGUCUUCCUUUAGUAGGAUUUAGAACAGCUUCUUUUCCUUUUACCCUGUAAACAGAUUGUUUUGUUGAUAAUAUGAAUCUUAAUUUCAUUCUUUUACUUUGGGAAAUUAUG